CACCACUAUACUCUCUCUUCUCCCUUCAGUUUUUAUCAUAGUGGUCCAAUUCCUGCAUAUGAAAAUGAUGGACAGUAAGUUUCUCAAGGCAUGCCAAAAUAAAUGGCAAACGAUGGGUGGCAAAGUCAUACCUUCAUCAGCUUGCUGCGAUAAAUGCUGCAAAUGGACUAUGUGGCCUUUUGAAAAAGAAGAGAAGUCUAUCCCAAGGGAUGUUCCGAAAGGUCAUGUGGUAGUUUAUGUAGGGAAGUACCAGAAGAGAUUUGUAAUCAAAAUUACCUUGCUAAAGCAUCCGCUCUUCAAGGCAUUGCUGGAUCAAGCUCAAGAAGUUUAUGAAUUCACUGCUGAUUCGAAAUUAUGGAUCCCCUGUGAUGAGAACAUAUUCAAUAGUGUCAUUAGAUGUGCUACAUUACCAGAAAGUCGACGUAUCUCAAUCUGCUUUUGAAGGUCCAAAAUCACAAAGCAUGUAAUUGUAAUUCAUCUAUGAUGCUUAACUCAUUGUUUAGAAUGUUGACAUCUAUAAAUUCAUAACCUGUUGUAUACUAUUGAAUAUAAAUUCAUUACCAUUACCUACGAAGUUGAGCAUUACUUCUUUAUGCAAGAAAUCACAAGUCAUUUUAUUUUAUCAUUUAAUAGAUUGCAACAACUACAAGUAUCUAAUAACAAUCUGCAGAGCAAGAAGCUAAAUUGAAGGCACAAAGCCUUUAUACGCCACAUCCCAAAUCAGUCGAGCACUGACAACCAACAAUUUGGCAUUGAGAUAAACUGCACUGAAGUUAGUAGACCAAAAUAUACGUCAAACUGUCACAUUCUCAGAACACAGAUUUGUAAAGCAACUCAAGAUGUAUUACUUUAUCAGAGUUCCAGGUAGAGAAAACUGGCAUAAACAUUUAUGGCAAGAGAGGAAGCAUCCAUCCAUUUGAAAAAGGGCAACAGAAAAAAACAAGUAAUACAGCCGAAAGUUGAAUAAAGCAUCAGACAUACAGCCCAACGGCUCCACAGAGAUAUUAAUCAACAGGACAAUAAUGUAGCAAGGAGUACCUCCAAGAUAGAGGAGGUUAAACAGUCUCAAUGUUGUACCAGAUCCAA